GUUAAAUCUAAAUCUAAAUGUUAAAUGUUAAAUCUAAAUGUUAAAUGUUAAAUCUAAAUGUUAACUCUAAAUGUGUCGCCAAGUGUAAAGCUAAAUAUUUAGAAAAUAUUCAAAUCCCCAAUGAAACCACGCCCGCUUCAAAUCGCGCGGCAAAGAUCGAGCGGCAAAGUCAAAGACAAAGUCAAGCAGGCAUGGCCGGUUCUCUCGGAGUCCAGGACAUCGAACGGGUGGUUAUUGCAGCUGUACGGGCUGCACUCCAGGGUGUAGCUCCCCCGGUCCAGUCCACAUACGCAACGGUAAGUUAAGUUGUUUUAAUUUGAUUAUUUAUUAUUAAUUAAUUAUUUAUGCAGACGAGGGGGUUAGCCACUGUUAGCUUACCCAGCCAGUUAGCUGUGUGGUAUAUGCUAGCUGAAGUUUUGUUAUCGACUCCACUGUAAGGACUCUGUAGCCUAGUUGACUUAGUGGUUACCAGUGACAAAACCGACCACUUACUCUAUGAAGCCUGUGCUGUGGUUAACAUGUGUAAUAUUAACGUACUUUGCCGCUAUAUCUCACAUCUAAAAUGCGGGCUCUUGUUUCAGGUUUCAACACCAGCGGUGCCCAGUGCCUCAGGCACUUCCAACUUUGCCACCACCGUCACAUCACUGAGAUCAGGUGAACAUACUUUAAUCUCCAAAGAAGACAUUGAGGGUUUGCUGCUGCUAGGUACAACACUUUCUGAAGUAGCUUCAAUCCUGCGGAUCUCCAGACCCACAUUAUACAAGCUCAUGCGGGUAUAUAACAUAAGACGCACAAAAUGUUGUAACCUUUCUGAUGAGGAGUUGGAUGCAACUAUAUGUGAGAUAAAAGCAGAACAUCCACAUGUAGGAGAAGUUAUGCUUAAUGGACAUUUGCGUGCCAGAAACAUUGUGGUGCAGCGACGUCGUCUCAGAGACUCCGUUCAACGGGUUGAUGGUGCUGGUGUUGAGUCCAGGAGAACAACAACUAUACAAAGACGAGUAUACACUGUGCCUUGUCCAAACUAUAUAUGGCACAUAGAUGGAAAUCAUAAACUGAUAAGAUGGAAAUUAGUUGUACAUGGGGCAAUGGAUGGUUACAGUAGAAUGUUAACGUUUCUCCAGUGUUCCAACAACAAUCGGGCUGAAACUGUCAUGAACCACUUCAGUUCAGCCAUCAGCAAACAUGGCCGGCCCCUUCAUAUUAGAACUGAUCAUGGAGGGGAGAAUGUCCAGGUUUGGGAAGACAUGAGCAUGCACAGAGGUGAACAUUCUGUGUUGACUGGAAGCUCUGUACAUAACCAGCGAAUUGAACGAUUCAAUCGGGACUUGAACAGAAACUGCAGUCAUGUGUUUGCACCCAUUUUCUAUGAACUAGAGUCAAUGGAGGCUUUGAAUGUGGACAAUGAUACAGAUUUAUUUUCUCUUCAUUAUGUGUACAUUCCCAGGAUCAAUCGCACAAUAGAUGAGUAUAAAUCUGCAUUUAACAAUCAUUCAAUUUCCUCUGAGGGAAACAGGACCCCAGUUCAGCUUUUUACACUGGACAGACAUCUUCUGUUACUAAACUACCCAGAAUCAGCAGCUGAGGAAAGAACAGUAGACUCAGUAUCAACUCCUCUUGCACAUUACUCAUUUUGCCCACUUAACCAGCAGGACUUGCAAGAAUUGGUUGUUACAGUAAACCCACUUGAGAAUGACGGUAAUAAGGGAAAAACAUUGUAUCACAGAGUACAGGAAUUUGUAUUACACAAAAUUGUAAAUAUGUAAAUGUAUAUAAAUGUAUAUAUAUAUUUUAGAACUGAGAUGAUUAGUUAUCAACUAUUGAAUUGAUUGAACUAUUUUGAUAGUCAACUGGUAGUCAUUUUGUGAAAAAAAAAAUCUGAUUCCAGCUUAAUUGUGAAUUCUUGCGUCAGUUAAUUCCCGUGUGUGUCUCAGUAUAUCCACCUGUAGAGGAUCUCCAUGUGUACUUCUCUAAUCCUCUCAAACCUGUGAAUAAGUGAUUUUGGAAAACACAAGUUUAUAUCAUGCCAGAACAGUGAAAGUCGAGCAACCAACUUGUAACUUGCUUUGUAAGAUGACUAACACCUGUGAACUUUAUGAAAAUAUUAAAGAUAUACUUUUUUCUUUUGAAA